GAACAAACAUUACUCAGAAGUCACAGGAGAAGAUCAGCAUGAGCUUCUGCACGUGUAGAUGCUGGCAAAUAAGACUUCACAGUCCUGUGAGGAAUUGCUUUGUUGUUUCCCAGAUUGGAUAGAGAAGAUACUGCAGUGCUCAAGCAGCACUUCACACAGGAGGACCUGAAGAAGCAGCAUGGCGUCUCUCAGUGUUCCUGGCCUCCAUGGUGGCCGUCAACUGCAAAGGGUCUCGACCGCUCGACGCCCGAGUGGGAUGGUCACCCCAUAUAAGCCUCGAAAGUCCAGAAAGAAGCUGCAGGUGAUUAUCUGUAUUCUUUUUGUGGAAUUGUUCGAGAGGUUCACCUUCUUUGGGAUUGUUUGCAAUAUGAUCCUCUUUUGCACCAUCAAGCUGGGAUAUCACAAUUACCAAGCUGCCACAGUCAACCUGUGUUUUGUUGGAGCCAGUACACUCACACCUGUUCUUGUGGGCUGGUUUGCAGAGACGUGUUUGGGGAGGACAAAAGUACUCUAUCUUUGCGCUCUGCUCCAUUUUAUAGGUACUGCCAUGCUCCCUGUUGUUGCAUUCCCCUUUGAGGAUUUCUACAUUGACACACACAAUAUUAUUCACCGACUAGAGCCACGAGAGCAACAGCUUCUCUUCUACGUUGGGCUGCUAGCCGCUGCCCUGGGUAUUGGGGGCUUCCGUGCUAUUCUAUGCCCGUUAAGUGCCUAUUACCUUCAGGGUUAUGACCAACACCAGAUACUGUCCUUUUUUAAUUGGCUCUACUGGCUUGUGAAUCUCAAUUCUACAGUUGUGUUCCUGGGGAUCUCCUAUAUUCAGCAGUCUGUGGGUAAAAACCUGGGCUUUCUCAUUCCCUUCACCUCUGUUCUAUUGGCUCUUGUUGCGAUACACAUGGCACGCAACAAUCUCAUCUUUCAUCCAAAGAAAGCCAGUUUGUUGCUGACCACACUGGGUGUGUUCCUAAACUCCUUAAAAAUGUCCUGCCUCCAUUAUCGUCAUUUGAGUGGAGACGUGAAUAAUUGGCUGGACCGUGCCAAGGAGAACAAUGGAGGACGCUACAGUGAGACCAGUGUUGAAAAUGUUAAGAUCCUGGUUAAGCUUUUUCCUCUUUUUGGACUGCAGCUGCUCUACCGGGCUUGUAUAACCCAAAUUCCAUCAGGAUACUACCUCCAGACCAUGCAUUCAAAUCUGAACUUCAAUGGUUUCCUCCUUCCUAUAGCAGCUAUGAAUGUGAUCAGUAUCCUGCCAUUGCUAAUUUUAGCACCACUACUGGAAUUUUUUGGCACCUGUUAUCAGUCUUUGAAGAAAACACCUCCUUCUCCAGCCAAAUUCAUAACAGCGGGACAUGCCUGUGCAGCUCUGUCUGCACUAGCUGCAGGGAUUACUGAGAUCCACAGGAAAGACUUCUCUCAGGUGGAGCAGACACUGUCAGGAACAGUACUACAGGUGUCCUCAAUGGCCUGUUUUCAACUUGCACCUCAGUAUGUCUUACUGGGUAUAGCAGAAGCAUUUGUCACACCAGCAUGCUCCCUCAUCUCUUUCUGUAUGACUCCUAGUAACCUCAGAGGCAUCUCCCUACACUUCCUCACUCUCUUCUAUGGAGGAGGAUGCUUUCUGGGUGCUGUUCUGACUCAGUUCUUUUAUCUUGUUUCUGGGGGGAACUUCUAUCCAAAUACACUCAGCGACGGCAAUCUGGAGAGAUUUUUCUUCACUUUGGCAAUUCUGAUGACCAUAAAUACCCUGCUGUUUUGGAGAUUAUCUUGCAGGUACACAGACCUGAGUGCUGAACUGUGUAAAGAAGUAAGACAGAGUCACCUGGCUGAGAAGCUCCUGCAGCAUAAAUCUUGUCUCCGAUUCUACGACACUGUGGAUUACACUGGAACAUCAGCAUCCUUGGAAAUGAUCCUCUGACUCCUGCAUGAUGAUGGUCAAGCCCCAAGAUGCUGGCGUCACACAAACAUGAAAGACUUAAUACUGGCAUACAUAAUUUAGGAUUUUGCUUCCUUUUUCCUCAAAACUGUGCUAGUGAAUUGGUUAAUGUAACUGAGCCAUUUUAAAU